AUGCACCAUCACAGGUCACAGAUCAUCUUGAACCACCUGCCUCCCUGGUCUCCACCUCAGCUUAGCCAGCCCAAGCCGCCACCUCAGCUUAGCCAGCCCAAGCCUCCUCUUCAGUUUAGCCAGCCCAAGCCUCCACCUCAGCUUAGCCAGCCCAAGCCUCCACCUCAGUUUAGCCAGCCCAAGCCACCACCUCAGCUUAGCCAGCCCAAGCCUCCACAUCAGCUUAGCCAGCCCAAGCCUCCACAUCAGCUUAGGCAGCCCAAGCCUCCUCCUCAGUUUAGCCAGCCCAAGCCUCCACAUCAUCUUAGCCAGCUCAAGCCUCCACCUCAGCUUAGCCAGCCCAAGCCGCCACCUCAGCUUAGCCAGUCCAAGCCGCCACCUCAGCUUAGCCAGCCCAAGCCUCCUCUUCAGUUUAGCCAGCCCAAGCCUCCACAUCAUCUUAGCCAGCCCAAGCCUCCACAUCAGCUUAGCCAGCCCAAGCCUCCUACUCAGUUUAGCCAGCCCAAGCCUCCACAUCAUCUUAGCCAGCCCAAGCCUCCACCUCAGCUUAGCCAGCCUAAGCCUCCACCUCUGUUUAGCCAGCCCAAGCCUUCACAUCAGCUUAGCCAGCCCAAGCCUCCACCUCAGCUUAGCCAGCCCAAGCCUCCACCUCAGCUUAGCCAGCCCAAGCCUCCUACUCAGUUUAUCCAGCCCAAGCCUCCACAUCAUGUUAGCCAGCCCAAGCCUCCACCUCAGCUUAGCCAGCCCAAGCCUCCACCUCUGUUUAGCCAGCCCAAGCCGCCACCUCAGCUUAGCCAGCCCAAGCCUCCACAUCAGCUUAGCCAGCCCAAGCCUCCACAUCAGCUUAGCCAGCCCAAGCCUCCACAUCAGCUUAGCCAGCCCAAGCCUCCACAUCAUCUUAGCCAGCCCAAGCCUCCACAUCAGCUUAGCCAGCCCAAGCCUCCUCCUCAGUUCAGCCAGCCCAAGCCUCCACAUCAGCUUAGCCAGCCCAAGCCUCCUCUUCAGUUUAGCCAGCCCAAGCCUCCACCUCAGUUUAGCCAGCCCAAGCCUUCACAUCAGCUUAGCCAGCCCAAGCCUCCACCUCAGCUUAGCCAGCCCAAGCCUCUUUUCCAGUUGACCAGGCAGGUCAAGCCUUUUCUCAGACUCAGCCAGACCUCUCAACUCAAGCUGCUCAAAAAGGUUUCAGUCCAUCUGCUCUCCAUCCAUUUCCCAAAGCAGGACCAAGGAAGACUGCCAGUGGGAAGAGAAAGAGGAAAUUAG